AGAGGGGAUAGAAAUUGACUUGCUCAACAAUAACUUCCUCAACUGAAAGUCCAGUAGAUGUCUCAACUAUGAACCCGAGCUUGAUGCUUAGCUUGCUUCUCUUGAUUCACCCUCAUUCAGCUGCGGGAGGCAGAGCUCAGCGCAGACAGAGACAUGCUGAAGAGACCUUGAGGCCGUACAUUGGCAGAGUCGAACCAGCCAAGCUCUGCGAGCUGCUGAAAUGCCAUAGUCCGAUGGGAUCCUGGUGUCAAGUGGUUGAAGAAAAUGGGAUCCUCAUACCGAAGUGUGUUUGUCCUCAGUCCUGUCCACGGCAGAUGGCACCAGUGUGCAGCGUUCUGGGAAAGACUUAUGGGAACCAAUGUUUGCUUCACAAAGAAGCCUGCAGAAAGAGACGCCGCAUUGGACUGGCUCACGAAGGACCUUGUCUGGUCCCCAGGGGUAACUGCACAGAGGAGGAGUUGGGGCAGUUUCCAUAUCGUCUCCUGGACUGGUUUCUGCUCCUGAGUCGCAUGGUGGAGUCAUACACACCUGUCGCGCUGCCCCAGAGCUGCCUCAGCCACGCCCAGAGGACACAGCUGGCACAGCAAAGAUUUACCCUACUGGACAAGAACAAAGAUGGGAAGUUGAGCCGCAGGGAUCUGAAGAAGCUGCAGUACAAGAGGCUGCCUUCGGAGCACUGUGCCACACCAUUCUUCCAGUCAUGUGAUCGUAAUGGGAACAAGAAAGUGACCAUGAGAGAGUGGACAUACUGUCUGGUGGAUCGUUCUGAGACGUGGUUCUAUCAUUUCAUGUCAAUGAAAAUGGGCUCCAGCAAGCUGUGUCCUACACUCAGAGAGAAGCAACCAUGAACUCCUGCAUUUCUUUUGAAUUUUAGUAUUGCAUCUCUUAUGGUACAAUGAUUCAUGAAAUCAUCGAAUCUGGAAGUCUGCUCGCUGUUUUCUGUCCAUUUAUAUGUGCGCUCAGAUGGGACAGUUAAAUGUCUGAACAGGCUGACUCUCAGUUACAUUUACUGCUAAUUACAUUUGCUGACAUUUGUACUGUUGUGCUGUAAAAGAGCAGGGACAAUAGGCAAUAUCGAAACCAAAUUAACAUGGGACGCUUUGAAUAACCAAUUAAAAAUGGAGCAUGGCAGCCUGAUGUGCAGAGAAAGACAAGCUAGAUGGGAAAGAAAGAUAUGGGGAGGAGAAAUGCUUAGUGUGAGGUGACGUGACCAGAGAAGAAACAAAGGGAUAAUAAAGGGAGUGAAGCAGAGAAGUAGCGAAAAGUGUCAUAAUGCAAUGUUGGAAAGUGAAAGAGGAAAAGAGGAGCGGAAGCAAAGUGACUGAAUGACUGCAAGAUGGAGAGUAAAAGUGUGUUUAUGAAAGACGGAAAGAGGUAAUGCACUGUAAAUGGGAGUUGAGAGUAAUGGAGUAAUGCAUAAAAAAUGGAUCAGAAAUAAAGAAAAGACUGAGAACAGAGAGUGAAGGGGGGGAAGGGAGUCCUGUGAAAGCAGAGACAACUGAGGAGAAGAAGAAAAAUGCAAGGGAGAUUUUGAUGCUGCAAAGCAUUGCCAUUACAGCCAGUAGUUCUGUAAAUCAGAUGUCGGAGCUUGAUGUAGCAUAAUUGAAACAUUUGACUGCUGUGAGAGACUGAAAGUGUAUAAAACCCG